AUGAAACUCUUGAGUUGGAACUGCAAUGGGCUUGGCAACCCAUUGUCAGUUAAAGCUCUCCAAGACUGGUGUUGGAGAGAUAGGUCGGAGAUGGUUUUUGUAAUGGAAACCAAGAUGGAUUCACAACGACUUGAAUUGAUCCGAAAUAGAUGCAGUUUUACUAGUGGUGUUUGUUUUAGUAGUAAUCGCAGAUCAGGAGGAAUGGGUUUGUGGUGGCGUGAUGUGACGGUGAACGUUUGCUCCUUUUCUAACCAUCAUGUAGAGGUGGAUGUUUGUGAUGGGAAUAAUAUCGCUAUUUGGAAAGCGGUGGGGGUGUAUGGUUGGCCUGAAGCAACGAAUAAACAUUUGACAUGGGAUCUUAUGAGAUCCAUUAGACAUGGAAGCGCUUUACCGAUGCUUUUGUUUGGUGAUUUCAAUGAGAUUCUGGGGAUGCACGAGAAGGAGGGUGGAGCUAUUCGCGGAGAGCGACAGAUUGAUGCUUUUAGGGAGGCUGUUGAGGAGUGUGGGUGUCGUGAUUUGGGUUACAGAGGCAACAUUUUUACAUGGCAGCGUGGAAAGUCCAUUGAUACUGUUAUUAGGGAGCGGCUGGAUCGGUGCAUGGCAGAUAUUAAUUGGUGCAACUUAUUUCCAUAUGCGGAGGUGAUUCAUUUUCCUAUUUGUCAAUCGGACCAUGGGGCUAUAUUACUGAAGUUUGGAGACAAACCGGAACGAAGGCAACAGGGGAAAUUAUUUCGAUUUGAGGCUCUUUGGUUGUCGAGUGAGGAUUGUAGCAAAGUUUUUGGGGAUGUGUGGUUGCAAACUCUCUCUCCUCUUGGGCCUCGAAAACUUUUGGUGAUGUGCGUAAGAGAAUUCAAGGAAACUGAACGAAAGCUAAAAGCAAAGCAAGGGGGUCAGCUGGACGCCCAUUUGAUGCAGCGUUGCAAUAAGUUAAGUACUGAACUAUGCGAUUUGCGUAAACUAGAGGAGAGCUACUGGCACGCGCGAGCGCGUGCUAAUGAACUUCAGGAUGGUGAUAAAAACACGAGCUACUUCUAUCAUAAAGCAACUCAACGCAGGAAGAGGAAUUUGCUUAAGGGUCUAUUUAAUGAGCAGGGUGAAUGGAAGGAGGACAAAGAAGAUAUGGACCUGAUUAUUGACCAAUAUUUCUCGAAAUUAUUUGCAUCAGAAAAUUCGAGUGGUUUCGAGGAAGCAAUGGAGGGUCUAGAAGAACUGAUGUUUUGGGGCACUAUUGGGAGUGAUGUGAUCCAGUUUGUGAAAGCUUGGUGGCGCGGAGAUGUGGACUUAAAAGAGAGUGCUUUUGUACCUAAAAGGCUUGAUACUGAUAAUGCGUUGGUGGCUUUUGAGAUUUUUCAUGCUUUGAAGAGAAGGGGGGAUGGGAAGGAUGGUACGGUGGCAUUGAAAUUAGACAUGAGUAAGGCGUAUGAUAGGGUGGAGUGGGGGUUUCUGGAGAAAGUUAUGCUGAAGAUGGGGUUCAGUCGCAGUUGGUAUAAUGGCAGUAUUUCGGGAUCUCUCUCUCCUAUUCGAGGUCUUCGGCAAGGGGAUCCAAUUUCGCCGUAUUUAUUUCUUAUGUGUACAGACGCUUUCUCCCGUUUGAUUACGAAAGCGGCAAGUGAGAAUAAGAUUCAUGGUGCGUAUGUUUUCUGGGGAGCACCUAGAGUUUCUCACCUUUUCUAUGCUGAUGAUAGUAUUUUAUUUGCUAAAGCUAAUUUACAGGAGUGCUCUAAAGUGGCUAAUACAAUCAGAACGUAUGAAAGAGCAUCUGGGCAGAAAGUUAAUCUAAGUAAAACAGAAGUAGCUUUCAGCAAAUGUGUGAAUCUUGAGAGAAGAAAGGAAAUUGUGGAGACUCUGGGGGUUAAGGAAGUUGAGAAGCAUGAAAAGUAUCUUGGAUUGCCAACCAUCAUUGGGCGAUCGAAGAAGGUGGUUUUUAUGUGUUUGAAGGAGAGGAUAUGGAAGAAGAUGCAAGGGUGGAAGGAAAAGCUGCUUUCGCGACCCGGGAAAGAAGUUCUUAUUAAGGCUGUAGCACAGGCUAUUCCCACUUACAUGAUGAGUAUUUUUAAAAUUCCUGAAGGGCUCAUUGAUGAAAUGCACUCAGUUCUAGCAAAGUUUUGGUGGGGGUCCACUGCAACCUCCAGGAAAAUCCACUGUCAUAAUUGGGAAUCUCUUUGCCUCCCAAAAGCUAUGGGUGGCAUGGGCUUUCGGGAUUUGAAGUGUUUCAAUCAAGCUUUAUUAGCAAAGCAGGGGUGGAGAUUAUGUCAGGAUACCUCUACUCUUCUUCAUGGGGUGUUGAAAGCUCGUUACUUUAAACAUGCGGCAUUCCUUGAGGCUAUGAGGGGUUUUGACCCGAGUUAUAGUUGGAGGAGCAUUUGGGGAGCAAAAUCUUUGUUGCUGGAAGGCUUCAAAUGGCGGGUAGGUAAUGAUGUUGAACAUGGGGGGCGGAAGGAGGAUAUGGUGAAUGAAACUUUUGGUGUGGAAGAGCGUCAAACUGUGUUAGACAUUCCUCUACCGUCGACUUGGAAAUGUGACACCCAAUAUUGGUGGCCAACUAAUGAUGGCAAUUAUACGGUCCGCUCAGGGUAUUGGUUGGGGCGAAUGGGUCAUGUGCACACAUGGGAUUUGUUCUUUGGACGAAGAGAGAGAGACAUAUGGAAGCUUGUAUGGAAGAUCACGGGCCCCCCCAAAUUGUGUCAUUUCAUAUGGAGAGCGUGUAAGGGGAGAUUAGGUGUGAUGGAUGUGCUCUACAGGCGACAUAUUCGUGAGCAUAGCACUUGCCCAGUUUGUGGGUGUGAAGAGGAGACCAUAAUGCACGCGCUUUUUAAUUGUACCUAUGCCUCUAAGAUAUGGCUGCACAGUAACUUUCAAGGCAUGCUAAUGGAAGCUCUGCACACAUCUUUUGCUGAGAGGUUUAUGUGGCUCGCUGGAAGGCUUGAUAGCGAAGAGUUGGCUUCAUUUGGGGCACUUGUGUGGGCGGCGUGGUUCUGCAGAAAUCGAAGAGUUUUUGAAGGAGAUGCGGGGUUGAAUGCCGUCGCUACUGCGGCCGGAUUUGUGAAGCUGAAGGUGGAUUAUGGGCUGUACAAAGACAAGGUUCGCGGUCUCUCUUCCUCGCCUACGCUUGUUGUUGUCUCCUCAUGGCAACCCCCUCCACAAUCUUAUGUAAAAGUGAAUGUCGACGCGCAUGUAAUGCAUGGUAAUGGUGUGAGUAUGGGAUGA